AUGAGCGACUCAAGACGAAGCAGACGACCGGACAGUCGUCAAAUGUGGGACGAAUCUGAUAGACGCGACAGGCGCGGAGGUCGUGAUAGGGACAACGACCGUGAUCGCAGAGGUCACAGGUCACGAUCGCGCGAACGCCGUGGCUAUAGAGACCGAUCUAGGUCUCCCGAUAGACGAAACAGGGAUAGAGAUGGAGACAGAAACCGCCCAAGGGACCGAGGUCCGCGACACCAUGAUGAAAGAGACAAGAGGGAUAGACGAAGAGAUGAUAGAGACGAUGGGCCGCCGAGGCCAAAGCGGGAUGAUCGUCGCGAUGAUGAUAGGGACAGACGAGGCAAGUCUCGUCGCUCUGCCUCACCGCGAUCGCGCAGUCCCUCCUCUAACGAAACGACCCUUCCCACACGCACUCGCCCUGAAGCGAAGCGUCCAGCACCUCACAUGUCCUUCAACGUUGGAUCUCGAGCCAGUCGCUCACCACCACCACAGCCCUCACGCCCUGAACGUGAAGAGGAGACCGCCCGCUCGGAGGAUGGUCAGGUAUCUGAGCCAGAAGACGAACCAAUGGAAGAAGAGGACAACGACUUUGCUGCUAUGCAAGCCAUGAUGGGCUUUGGUGGGUUUGGAACGACGAAGAACAAGAAGGUUUCGGGAAACAAUGCAGGCGGCGUGCGGAAAGAAAAGAAGACAGAGUACCGCCAAUACAUGAACCGAAACGGCGGUUUCAACAGACCUCUGAGUCCGUCUCGAUAA